AUGACAAUUACACAGGAAGCUCAAAGAGAAGCCAGUAUCAGCCUAGCUGAUCCCGCCCUUCUUGACAAGAUCGACCAAUUGUUCGCGUGUAAUGUGGGAGAAUACAUCGAUUUGCCACAGCUGGUUGUGAUCGGAGACCAGUCCAGCGGGAAAAGUUCCAUCUUGGAAGGUCUGACCAAAUUGAAGUUCCCUCGAAACAGUGGCCUGUGUACUAGGUUUGCGACUCAAAUUUUGUUUCGGAGAGACCCGAGCCUGAGUAAGCGCCAAGUGACAGGCUCAAUAAUCAAGGCCAGUCAUGAUGGAAACAAUGCGUGUUGGAGUGUCACUGGCAUUGAAUCGUUGAGUGCGAGCGAAUUUGAGAAUAUGAUGUCGGAGGUCCACAUCGCGAUGGGCCUAUCAACAUCCAUGGGUGACGGCCAACCCACGUUCUCCGCGGAUAUUCUCCGUGUUAUUGAUGUUCCUGGGAUUUUCAAAACCACGACACCCGGUUUGACGUCGAAGUCCGACAUUAAGCUAGUAAGAGACAUGGUGCUAGGCUACAUGCGCAACCCCCGGUCUAUAAUGCUUGCCGUGGUACCAGCCAAUGUGGAUAUUGCAACGCAGGAGAUUAUCGAGAUGACGCGCGAACUAGAUCCAGACAGUAUGAGGACCUUACGUAUUCUCACCAAACCAGAUCUAGUCGACAAAGGUGCAGAAGAGGCUAUCAUUCAGCUAGUGGAAGGUAAACAAGAAUCGGAGGAACUCGGGUGGGUAGUAGUCCGAAACCUUGGCCAGAAGGACCUUCAAGAUCCAUUGAAGGACCGUGAUGCUGAAGAAGAGACCUUCCGCAAAGCCGCUCCGUGGAAUCAACUUUCGGAUGACAACCAUGGCAUUGUCGCGCUGGCUAAGCGACUGCAAGGCUUGUUGGCUUCCAACGUGCGGCGAGUUUUUCCAAAUGUUCGAUCGGAAGUUUCAAAGCGUCUCAAGGAAUGUAAAAAGUCCCUUGACAGACUUGGGGACGAACGAGAGUCUCCAGAGCAACAAAGCAAAUAUCUGCUCGCCAUUGUGGCAAAGUUUCAGCGCAUCACCGAGAAUGCUUUGCAUACUAAUUAUGGAUCCCAAGAUGCUUUUGACAACGAGCGUGAUCUCCGACUGGCCACACUGGUCGCGAAUCGUAACGCACAGCUGGCAGAAGACUUUGAGUCCCGGGGUCAUGUGUAUACCUUCAAGUCGCAUAGUCAUGAUGACGACCUCGAAAAUCGACAAGAUCCUCCGACAAGCCCUACUGGCACUGUGGCCAAUGGAAUGAAUAAUGAGGAAAAGGAGGAGGAGAAGGAGGAGGAGCAAGAAAUUUGCCAUUCAGUGCCUAGCAGAAAAAUCAGUAUUUGCCACGAUAUUGAGGAUGUUCUCCGUGAGAGUCAACCCAUUCAUGGUGCGUUGACACAAGGUAUUCUACCUUGGAUUGAAGACAUCUACGAGGCGUCUCGCGGGUUCGAACUUGGCACAUUCAACGCUUCCAUACUUGCAAGCGUUCUGAAGAGGCAAUCCUCCAAGUGGCCCAAUCUAGCGGAGGGGUACAUUUGUGAUGUCAUAUGCAUGGUUCACAUUUUCACGCGCAAAGCACUCAACGUCGCCUGUGGCGAUCCACGAAGAGGAGAAAUCAUCCUCUCCCUUCUUAUGGAUGAUCUUCUUGAGAAAUACCGACGCGCCCUGCGUAUGACAGAAUUUCUUCUUCGGAUUGAGAGGGAAGGCACCCCAAUGACCCAAAAUCACUACCUCAACAGCAAUUUGCAAAAGUGCCGCCAGAGCCGCAUUAUCUCUGAAGUUGGAGAGUCGUCUUUCUUUGUGAAGAACGAGCAUGGCUCCAGAGAAAAAUCAGUUCGACUCUCUGAUCUUGCCCGGAUUCAUGACAUGAGUAAUCUACAGCAUACCGUGAAAGACAUUCACGACAUCUUGAAAUCGUACUACAAGGUAGCUCGGAAAAGGUUCAUUGAUAAUUUAUGCAUGCAAGCGGCGGACUACCAUUUGGUCAUUGGAUUGGUAGCGCCGAUGACACUAUUUUCUCCUUCAUGGGUGUACCAACUUUCGCGCGAGCAACUGGAGCAAAUAGCUGGAGAGGAGAUCUCUGUUCGGAAAAAGCGACAACGAUUACAAAGACAAGUGAAGGAACUUGAGAUGGGGCGGAAGAUUAUUGUGUAG